UCAAAAUCGCGCGUCACCACAGGCGGCGGUGGCGGCUCCGAUCGAUGUCCUGGAUGGGCAGUUUUUCGCGGGACGCUUGUUGCUUUGGAUAUGCACACGAGCCGCGAACAUAAACUCGUCCCCCAGCGUCUUUCUCUCUCGAAUGCCUUUUGCGCCUUGUAAAUCGUUCGGGUCGCUUUGUUGAUUUUUCGACCGUUUCGAAGAUGAGAUCGCCGCUCUCGUUCCUCCGUCGCAACGGAUUAAAAUGCGUCAGAAGCAUCAUCGUCUCGGUGUAAUCGCCGAUGAACGCUUUAUUGGCUCGGCUGAUUAAUAUUCAAGAUUACGGACUUGGAUUGUUGUGCGACGAUCUGUGCGAAGAUCUUCGCUCCGAAGAAUGAUGAUGAUCGAUCGACAGCAGGUUUGCAGACGCGCGAGCACGCCGUAGAUUUCGAAAAUGCUUCGAAAGAAUAACCGUGGUACAUUCGCUGGCGUCGUUCCCGACGUAAUCUGAAGAAUACGCGCGGAAGAGCAGUUUUUUUAAUUUUUUUCCGCCAUCUCUUUCUCGCGGGCUCAAGGCCGCAAGCAUAUACACACUUAAUUGUCUUUCCAAUGAACGCGAGCUACUCGCUACACUCUGAUUAAGAAGUCGUUAGUACAUCAAGAAAAUCAUUUCGCGGGUGAAUCGACAAGAUGAAGAACUCCGAGAGGAUAAACGGUGAUCUACGAGCCUGGACGAGCCUGAACGAUCUGUCGCGAUCGACCGGUCAGGAUGCCGUACUUGUCGGGAAUUCCGUUCAAGUAACUUAUAGCGGCGGCACCACCACAACGUCGGUUCUUCAGCCUUUGGCCGAAUCGCAAAGAUCGAGGUUGAAACGCGUCACUCUGAUCGCACGGAAAGUAAUAGGAAAGCCAUGGUCUUUCAUCAAAUCGUUUUUAUACGGUUGUAUACUGAUAGCUUCCAUCAUCUCCCUGUUGAAGGAACUGAAGAAAUUCUACAGUCCUGAUCCAAAAAUUUGUUUGACUGAAGGAUGCGUCAAGACAGCAUCGAAGUUGCUAGAGGCGAUGGAUCGCACCGUGCCGCCCUGCGACGACUUUUUUCAAUACGCUUGCGGCACGUGGAAUCGAUUGCACGUGAUACCGGAGGAUAGCAGCGCUACAAAUAAGUUCGAAGUGAUGGGCGACGGGCUGGAGUUGAUUCUGAAGAACAUCCUCGAAAAACCACCCGACCCGGACGAUAAUAACGCCACCGUGAAGGCCAAGAUGUUUUACAGAUCGUGUACGAAUAUCUCUCAUAUACGAAAACUCGGGGACGUUCCUCUGAGAGAGAGCCUGCAGCGUCUCGGUGGCUGGCCGGUUGUAGUGGGCGCAUCCUGGAAGCCGCCGUCUUACUCGUUGGAAGUCUUCCUAGGUCGUUUGCGAAGCGAAUACGACGAGGGUGUGUUGAUAGAGCAGCGGGUCGGUCCAGACGAUACGAACUCCUCCGUCAACAUCAUCCAGUUCGACCAGAUGUUACUGGGACUACCCAGCCGAGAUUAUUACUUGGAAAACACGAGCGUAAAAGCUUAUCACAAUUAUAUGACAAAUGUCGCCAUCUUGCUGGGAGCUAAUCCUCGCUCGGCGGCCGAGGAGUUCGAUCGGGUGAUAACUUUGGAGAAACAACUUGCUAACGCAUCCUUAUCGGAAACGGACAGACAAAACAUCUCGGCGAUUUAUCGGAAACUAACGCUGCGAGAAUUGCAGCGAGAGGUGCCGGAAUUGCGAUGGCUCGCUUACCUGCGAGAAUUCAUCAAAGUGCCGAUCGACGAAGACGAGGUGGUCGUGACAUACGCGAUGCCGUAUUUCGUGCAAAUGGGUCGCAUUAUCGCAAAAACGGAUCGCAGGACAUUGCACAAUUAUAUUUUGUGGCGACUGGUCAUGUCGAUCAUGCCUCACAUGAUCGACAAGUAUCAGCAGAAGCGUUUGGAAUUCCAAAGGAUUUUGCUGGGCAUUCUUAAUGAAGGCAACAGAUUGUCGCACUGCGUCGAGUGGACCAACAAGAAACUCGGGAUGGCAGUAGGAGCUCUUUUCAUACGCAACAAUUUUAAUAACGAAAGUAAGGAGAUCGCUGUAAAGAUGAUUCGAACGAUUCGCGAAGCUUUUAACGAACUGCUAAAUGAAAACGAUUGGAUGGAUAACGAGACGCGGAAGGUGGCAAAGGAGAAGGCCGAUGCGAUCGUCGAGCGAAUCGGUUAUCCCGAAUUUCUGAAGGAAUCGGACGAACUUUCCAAGGAAUAUGAAAUGUUACACGUGAUGGAAGAUCGUUUUCUGGAGAACAUUUUCGCGGUGCUCAAGUACUUAGCUCAUUACAAUCAACAGAAACUGCGAAAGCCGGUCGACAAAGACAAGUGGUCGAUCGCGCCGGCUGUGGUAAACGCGUUUUACGAUCCCAACAAAAACGAAAUAGUGUUUCCCGCGGGGAUUUUACAGCCGCUAUUUUUCUCCCCGCACUUCCCGAAAUCCUUGAACUACGGCGGUAUCGGGGUCGUGAUCGGUCACGAGAUCACUCACGGCUUCGACGACAGGGGUAGACAAUACGACAAGCACGGCAACAUGAUGCAGUGGUGGAACAAUGCCACUAUCAAGGCGUUUCGCGAGAGAGCACAAUGCAUUGUGAACCAGUAUUCCAAGUACAAGUUGGAAGAAGUAAAUCAAUUCGUUGACGGUAGAAUGACUGAGGGGGAAAAUAUCGCCGACAACGGAGGUCUCAAACAGUCUUUCAGGGCUUACAAGAAGUGGGUUUCCGAUCACGGCAAGGAACCGUUGCUGCCGGGGAUAAAACUCACGCACGAUCAAUUGUUCUUCCUGAAUUACGCGCAGAUCUGGUGCGGUUCCACAAGACCGGAGAGCGCUCUGACGAAAAUUCGCACCAGUACGCAUUCACCCGCUAGGUUUCGAGUGGUGGGUCCUCUGUCGAAUAGCGAGGAUUUCGCCAAAGCUUACAAUUGCCCGUUGGACUCGCCAAUGAAUCCCAGAAAGAAAUGCAACGUUUGGUGAUAUAUUAAGAGACACGUUGUCUCGAUAUAAUCAAAAAAUUGAGAGAUGAGAGAGAAAAAAAACGCAAAGUCCUUUUUUAGAAGUUAAAAAUGCCAACCGAUCCCGGGAGGACUUGACAACCCACGUGUUCUUUUGACCACACACACAUGUAACGCUAAUUAUCGCUGAAUUCAAUUGCGUUUUACCCUGUACAUAAAUCCAUUGAGAUAUAUAUAUAUAU